AUGGAGGUUGAAAAUGCCAGGCCUUUGGGGCAUCACUCGGAGGAACAAAUCUCGACCAAAAGCCCCAGGUCUCCACACCACGACCGAAAGGAAAACGGCGCAUCGAGCAGGCAAUCUGCUCCUCGCAGUAAUGGGACAGCAGUGGCAGCGAGGACGGAAGAGGACAAACAGGCAGCCGCAAAGGCUGAAUACGAAAAGCUGUUGAAUAUGCGAUCCGGAGGCACCUAUAUACCUCCUGCGCGACUACGAGCACUCCAAUCACAAAUCACCGACAAGACCAGCAAAGAAUAUCAGCGUAUGGCAUGGGAAGCGCUGAAGAAGUCUAUAAAUGGUCUUAUCAACAAGGUUAACGUUUCGAACAUCAAGCAUAUUGUCCCGGAAUUGUUUGGGGAGAAUCUAGUCAGAGGUCGAGGGUUAUUUUGCAGAAGCAUUAUGAAGGCACAGGCGGCCAGUUUACCCUUUACUCCGAUAUAUGCAGCUAUGGCAGCUAUCGUCAAUACUAAACUGCCUAAGGUUGGAGAGCUCCUUCUCAAGCGCCUCAUCACGCAGUUCAAGAAAGGCUUCAAACGAAACGACAAGGCUGUCUGUCUCUCCGCAACGACUUUUAUUGCGCAUUUGUGCAAUCAGCAAGUAGCGAAUGAAGUUGUUGCGGCACAAAUCUUGCUGCUGCUUCUCAACAAGCCGACCGAUGAUAGCGUUGAGAUUGCUGUUGGUUUGACAAGGGAGGUUGGGCAACAUCUCGAGGAAAUGAGUGGCCCAAUUGCUCUUGCAGUCUUCGAUCAAUUUCGGAACAUCUUACACGAGGCGGAUAUUGACAAGAGGGUGCAAUAUAUGAUUGAAGUCCUUUUCCAGGUUCGCAAAGACAAAUACAAAGACAAUCCUGCUAUCAGAGAAGAGCUGGAUCUCGUGGAGGAAGAGGAUCAGAUCACACAUAAUAUUGCUUUGGACGACGAGAUUGAUGUGGAAGACGGUCUGAAUGUCUUCAAGUACGACCCAGAGUGGGAAGAGAACGAGGAGAAAUAUAGGCGCGUGAAAGCGGAGAUCCUAGGGGAAGGAAGUGGGGACGAGGAAGAUGACGAGGAUGACACUGAUGACAGCGAGGAAGAUGAAGAGGAAAAAGAAGAGGCAGCGCUGGAGAUCAAGGAUCAGACCAACACUGAUCUCGUCAACCUUCGGCGAACGAUAUAUCUGACAAUUAUGUCCAGCAUAGACCCCGAGGAAUGUGUCCACAAGCUGAUGAAAAUCACGCUUCCACCCGGUCAGGAACCCGAACUUCCAUCGAUGAUCAUUGAGUGCUGUUCUCAGGAAAGAACGUAUUCCAAGUUUUAUGGCCUGAUUGGCGAACGUUUUGCCCGAAUCAAUCGCCUUUGGACCGAUCAGUUUGAACAAGCUUUCACCAAAUAUUACGACACCAUCCAUAGGUAUGAGACCAACCGACUCAGAAACAUUGCUCGGUUUUUCGGUCAUCUCCUCAGUUCUGACGCAAUUGGAUGGCACGUACUGUCCGUUGUGCAUCUUAAUGAGGAAGAGACGACUUCCAGCAGCCGUAUAUUCAUAAAGAUUCUAUUUGAGGAUCUGGCUGAAGGGAUGGGUAUGCAAAAACUACAGAAUCGCCUGAAAGAUGACAUUCUACGGCCAUACUUUGAAGGGAUUUUCCCGCACGACAAUCCUCGGAAUAUCAGAUUUUCCAUCAACUACUUCACAAGUAUUAAAAUGGGCGCUCUAACAGAGGAAAUGCGCGAAUACCUCCAAAAUAUGCCUAAACCCAGUCUGCCUGCACCGCCUGCAGCAGAUGAUGAUUCAGGCUCAGAGUCAGGCAGUUCCGUCUCAAGUUAUUCGUCAUACACGGGAUCGUCAUACUCGAGGUCUCGCUCCCCAUCCCGAACUCGCGCUCUUGAUGGGAGACGGUCACCUUCACUUACACCACCACGUCCUAGCAGAGGGAGAGAUAGACGGAGAGGACGCAGUGUGGUGAUGGAUGCUCGAGCGCGGGAUGAGUCCCAAUCACGGCAAUCAAGCAUCAAACGUCCUUGGGAUGAAGAUGGGACCACGUCAGCCGAACCAGGAAAUUCUCGACCUUCAGCACUACUCCCGCCAGUUGAUCCUGUAUCAUAUCAGAAAUCUUUAAUACCUCGUGGGUUCGAGUCUGGGGCACUUUCACAAAGUUCGUAUCGACGACCAGACUCUAGAGAAUCAGAGGUGAAAAGGGCAAAAGUUGAGGGGCAUGACUACAAUGCCUCUUCCCGACGGAAUAUAGACGUUGAUGGCAAAACCGCGCCCUCUUCGACACACAGCAAGUCACCUAGCCAAAAAUCAGAUUCUAUAUACGAGAAGCAUCCGGGCACUCUUAAAUCGCCUACUUUCCCGCUAAAUGGCGGGACAGACGCUGGCGGACCUACAGCUUCUCGAGACGGGUUCAAUCUAUGCCAGAGAUGCAGGAGGCUGAUAACUCAGGAUCGAGAAUUGACGAUCUCGAGCCUUUCAGAGUCUUGUGAGAGUUGCAAGAAUAAUCCAGAACUAGCAUGGGUGACACAAGCAGCUGCGGCCGGAUUAACUAAGAUCGCGGGAACUCUUCGUUCAGGUAUACCAUCUGAUCAGCGAGGCCUCAAUCGUGAACCUGAGCGAUGUUGUCUUGGCCCUACACCUUGCCCUCCAAUAUCACGAUUUGGUCUGAAACAAACAUUGGACUGGAUUCUCGGAAGUAUUGAUAAAGUCAAUCAGAUGGCGGAUGACUUCGUAAAACGUGUUCCUGCCGAGGCUCUACAAAGUCUUGACAAGGAUUAUCCCAUAUACGACAAACUUCAAACUUAUCCCACUAACAUCAUGGAACGCCGUCUCAAUGGAAGCCUUGAUGAUACAACAAAGGCGAAGGUGGAAGUUGAUGGCCCUACGUCUGACGCCAAGCUCCAUACAAGACGAGGAUCUUUGACCACUAACUCCUCGGCUGGUGAGGAGUUACAAUCAAUAAGCUCACAACCCGACCAUUAUCAAGCUCGAUACUCAUCGGACAGCCAAGCCCCAAGAGCGUCUAGUAUGAAUCCUCCUUCACUGAAUCGCCAUGGCUCACAAGUUGUCAACUUACCUCCACCAUCGAGUCUGAACCAGUCUACUAUCAAUAGCUACCUACCUCCCAUUGCCUCCCCUCGUUCAUCCGAUUCGGCUCUUCGAGAGCAUUCCGCCGCUCUCCAGCACGAACUAUCAAUUCAGAAGAUUGCAAUUUCAUCGCUACAGGGCGAACACGAUAAGCUCCUGUUAGCUUUCUCACGGUCCCAGGCUCGAGUCAGUGCACUCGAGAGAAAACUUGCUGCAUCAGACAGUGAAAUCAUAACUCUCACAGAAGAAAAGCUGAGACUCCAAACUCAGGCCAUUGAUUUGGAGCGAGAUAUAAGUGAUCUGUCGCGGAGCAGAGAUGAGUUUAGACAAGCUGCUGUAAAGGAGGGGUCACAGUAUGUCGAGAUUGUCAGAAAGGCGAGUCGGUUGGAGGAACUACGAGGAGAGGAAAGAAGAUCUUGGAAUCGGAUAAAGGAGGAUUUGGAGAGAAAGAUCGAGGCGUUGCGUUCUGGAGCAAGCAGAAACGACGAAGCCGACGGUAAAGGAGACGCAACGUCUGCGGAAGAAAUCACAAAUGUCACACGAGUUACGGAAAAUCGAUGUACUGACACGCCCGCGUCUUCGGUCGAUUUACCAGGAGAUGUAAAGACGGAACCUGGAGACGAGCCUCAAUCUGUCGGCCCGACAUCACAGCCUUCAGACACGCGACAAGGAUUCAUCGAAGAUCUUAAAGCCGAGAUCAGUCGCCUCCGUGAGCGGUCCACACAAGUCGAAAACACACUGCGGGCGAUUCGGGACGAUAAUCGAGCUAUGGAAGGCAUUUUCAAGACUAUAGAGGAUCGAGCAAAGACGACACUUGAGGAUUGA